ACAGUACCCUAACUUGACCUGCGGCUAAAGUGGGGCUACGGUAUCGGCUGAGUGCAUUCAGGUUUCGAAGCCGGCCAUCCGCUGUGCCAACAAACUCCGAGAUCGACGACAUCGAAUAUUCACCGGCUCGCCAAGCCAGCCGGCCGACCACAACUGCCAUCACCGCUGCUACCGACCGACCUGCUCGUCGCGGCUUGCGUCCCCGCGCGGACGACACACCAUGGCGUCCUCAGUCGAAAGGGUCUUCUGCCAUGCUUGCGCGGCUGACUGGUUUCGCAAUGAGGGCCAAUCCCUGAUAUGCCCGAGCUGCGGCAGCACCUUCAACGAGAUUAUUGACCCGAGGAACGACCCCCGUGAAAUUCAUGGCAUGCCGCGGCGUGGCUGGGACUCGGACCCGGAGGAGGCCGACAUCUUGGAACAUCUCCGCGACGAAUCCCCGCUACCCGGCGAGCGGGCAAGCAUGAACGACGCUGGUCUAGGCCACUUCGCCAGGAUGCUGGGUGGGCUCGGGGCUACAAGAGGUGGAACCGAGACGCCCGAAGCCGCCAGUGAGCCGCGAUCGCCUAUAAGAGAUCGCGGCAAUGGGUCAGAGUUCGCUGCAGGCGACGCCAUCAUGCGCCGCUUUGCCGAAAUGCUGAAUGAGCUUGAGGCUACAAGAGCGGCACACCGGCCUCCUGAGGUGGACCCUCUGUUCCCGCUGGGGGGUCUUGGACGUCAGCCAGGGACUAGAAUUCAGCAAACGACCGUCCGGACUGGCCCCUUCGGCACGCAGACCAGAGUGACCAUCACCAGUGGGACCGUAAGGAGCGACCCUGAGACAUUACCUUUACCCAACUUUGGAACGUACGUCAUCCCUCGCAGGGCACGGAUUGGCGUCAUUGCUCUCGUCAACAACAAUACGGCAAGGGCUAACCCUAAUGACGUGAGUAGAUUGUUUGGCCAGCUUUUCGGCAGUCCCUGGCUGGAUGAAGUAGACCGACGGGAACGCGGAGGGCGGGAGCCAGGCAGCCCGUUCGGUGGCGGGCUUCAUGACUUGCUCGAGUCACUAUACAACCCGGCAGCAGCAGUUCAUGGCGAUGCAGUCUUCACCCAGGAGGCGCUCGAUCGCAUUAUCACGCAGCUCAUGGAGGCGUCCCCCCACACCAACGGAGCACCCCCCGCAUCGCAGGCGGCCAUCGAAAGCCUCCAAAAGAAGCCAGUCGACGACGAGAUGCUCGGCGCAGAUGGGAAAGCCGAGUGCACGAUUUGCAUGGACGAAAUCACAAAGGGCGCCGAAGUGACGGUACUACCGUGCAAGCACUGGUACCACGGCGAGUGUGUUGUCCUCUGGCUCAGGGAGCACAACACGUGUCCUGUCUGUCGGAUGUCGAUCGACAAUCGGGAGGGUGGAACCAAUAGCGGUAGCGCUAGACGAGGGUCCCAACAAGCCCAGACUUCCCAGACUUCCCAGACUUCCCAGCAGGCCCAAGGUUCUCAACCGGUUUCAGACCCUGCCUCCGCAUCAGCAUCGUCAUCUUCCUCGUCCAGCCGCUUCCCCCGAACGAGACGCCAGUACCUGGACGAACUGACGCGGAUGGAGCGGCUAGAGCGGAUUAACUCCCUCCGCGAUCUUCCUGAAUCCAGAGAUUCGCGCCGGCGCAACUCGCACUCGCCCCCGAACCCGUGGUCGUCGCCGGAAGCGGCAACUUCUUCGAGACUGAGGGGUUACAGGGCAUGGCCUGGCGUGGACUAUGGGGAGCAUUACGGUGGCAGCGGGAGACGUGGGACGGACCGGGAGCAGCGCGAGGGACGGGAGCAGCAACAGGGAAGUGCUAGUAGUGGUGGUGGUAGUACGAACACAGGUGGAGGUGGUGGUGCGCUUGGGUGGUUCAGAGACCACUUUGGAGGUGGGCGGAGGAGCUGAGCAACAACAAGCCGGCUUAUGGGGAAGUCUGACGACCUUUACGAAUUAUUCCAUUUACUCUCUUAGGCUCAGCAGGGGGGAGCUUCCGGGAUGGGCAAAGGACUCGGAAUGAGUGGACCAAGGGAAACGGGAUUUGGAUGGUGUUAUGAUUGU